UGAAUAACACGUCUACUCACAUAGACUCCUACAUAUGCACAAAAACCUCUCGGCAGUCAGCUCUCAGACUCAGAACGCAGGCGCGUCAAUUCACUCCACAUCGUCCAAGUAGAUUGAGAUCCGUUUGUUAACCACCGUCUGCCAUGGCUCCAAAACCCAUUACAAGUCCAGUGCCGGAUGCGUGGUACCCGACCCUAUCUGUGUUCAUGCUCUCAAUAGGUCUCCUCCUCACUGCUUCAUUCUUCAUUUAUGAAGCAACCUCCUCUAGGCAGAAUCGCUGUCUUGCCAAGGAGCUUAUAACAGGAGCAGUAGCAUCUGUCUUCCUAGGUUUCGGGUCCUUAUUCUUGCUACUUGCUUCUGGCGUUUAUGUUUAAUUUUAAACUGUUGAACCAGUUAUAAUUUUGCUUAAGCAGGAUCAGUUAUAUAUGAAGAAUGAUAUGUUUGACAAAUGUUAGUUAAAUGCAUUUUUUGUGGAUUUUAUGAGGUAAUUUACAUCAAUAACACUGAGGGCUUAUUUCUAAGUUUUAA